ACAUAAUAUACUCACAACGUGAUAAUUAAAAUUUAGUAUAAUCCACGACAUGUCGAAGUUACUUUUAUCCGCACUGAAGACUUCGGGCUCGUCACGGAUCUUGAGACGUUCGUACGCCACGUAUAGCUUAGAUGGUGUCAAGCCAGUUUUGCCAGAAAAUGACGAAUAUUGGAUUGCUCCUAAUGCGCAGGUGAUUGGUAACGUUCAUAUGAAGCGCAACGCUAGCGUUUGGUGGGGUGCUGUGAUUCGAGGCGAUACCGAUAGAAUCGAGCUAGGAGAGAAUGUCAACGUUCAAGAUAAUUCUGUCUUACAUACGGACGAAGGCAUAGAACUUGUCAUUGGAGAUGACGUUACAGUUGGGCACCAAGUCAUGCUGCACGGCUGCAAAAUAGGCGAGGGAAGCUUGAUCGGCAUCGGGUCCAUCAUCCUAAACGAUACUACCAUAGGUAAAGGCUGUCUAAUCGGUGCUAAUACUUUCAUCGGAGAGAGAAAAACCAUACCAGAUUACUCCGUUGUCAUGGGUGCUCCAGGACGUGUUGUGAAGACCAUGACUCCUGAACAAGCGGCCGGGCUCAAGGAGGGCGCGAAACAUUAUGUUGCAAACUUUCAACGCUUCAAAAAGGGGCUUGUGGAGUUGUAGAGGUUCGUAUUGACUAGCGAGGUGUGUUCUGCUGUGUUGUAGCGGCAGCUUGUGCGAGAUGGUAUGGCAAUGGACUGUCGGAAGGGGCUACAGGUAGAGUCCUCGCGCCAGGUACUGAAAUACUACGUCCGCCCAUCUGGAAGAAGUUAAAGCAGCAUGAUUAGAUUAUAAUCCAAGUCUUCCACUCCACCAGUAUUGACUUAACUAGGAGAUAUCGCGAAUAAGUAGGCUGAAGACAGGGCUUACUAUGUUCCUCGGCAUGGACGAUGCUGGCAGCCUAGUAUUGUAAUUCGAACUGCUGGAAGUGACUGAAGUCUGCGAUCCUCUUCGUUGAUCGCUGGGGGACAAAUUCGGUGUGCUGGAGUGACUCCCACUGUUCCCAAACCCCUGCUUCACGCUAUCUGCAAUCAUCAUCACUACGUGAGAGGCCGGGAAAUACCCUACCAUCCCGCCAACGCUGCCCUAUUCUCAAGAUAAGAGGACGAGUGGUGAUCAGCCAUAAAUCAAACGUUUGUGUAUAUCGAUAAACGAGCUGAAAGAUGUGUUGAAUUAUCUAUGCGGCAAUCGAACGCAUUAUGACUUGCAACUACGGAACAGAUAAACAUUACCUUCAGCCAAUCUUUCAGGCCAACCUCUGCUACAUUGCGAACAAUAUCUCCCUCCCUCACUGUUAGCUCUUUGUUGUUGAAGGCUCUGUAAGAUUUUAUUACUCUCGCGCAUAAGGUCGAUGUAGGCG